GAUAACAUGGCUUCGAAAGGACAGUUCGAGAGUUGGACCAAGGAGGUAAUUUGUCCCAUCUGCCUGGAUUUCUUCACCGAUCCGGUUAUACUGGAGUGUGGACACAACUUCUGCCGCUCCUGUAUCACACGGUGUUGGGAAAGGGAGGACAGAAACUCCUGCCCGGAAUGUAGAGAGGAGUUUCCGGACCGCACCCUCAGGGUCAAUCGAGCCUUAGCAAAUCUGUCUGAGAAAGCUCGAAAACUAAACUUGAAUCCCAAUGGGAAGGAAAGUAAACGUUACUGCGAGGAACAUGAGGAAGAACUGAAGCUGUUUUGUGAGACGGACAAGACACUGAUCUGCCUGAUCUGUGCGACUGCACGGGAACACAAGUCUCACAACUUCAUGCCGAUUAAGGAAGCCGUUAAAAUUUACAAGGAUCGGGUUAAAUCUUCCUUGGACUCUCUCGCAAAAAAGAAAUCAGACUUUCAGGAAAAGGAGCAGCAACAGAAAGAGAAGAUUUCUGGAGUUCGGGAACAGUCACAAAGCGUUCAGUCCCACAUCACAUCCCAGUUUGAUGAACUGCGCCGGAUUAUCAUUGAGAAAGAGCAGCGUGCACUCCGAGAUAUCAGGGAAGAAGAGGAGAGGAUUCUAAAUCCAAUGGAGAAAAAUCUUCGAGAGAUUCAAGAGAAUUUAAAUUCUAUUCAGGAGGAAAUCUCUGAGUUACAGACAUGGAUGGAUCAGAAAGAAAAUAUCACAUUCCUCAUGGAGGAAGCUCGUCGGAAGAGGAGGAUUAGUGAUGAUCCCCAGACAUUGUCAGUGACAGAUGGUGCCCUAUUGGUUGAAAAAUUCGAUCACCCCUAUUUGCUCGACAUAGCAUCGGAAGAAGUGAUUGGCGGCAUUAAACACGUCUGUGUCACCCUGGAUGUGGAAACGGCGCAUCCGCGGCUCGAGGUGUCUGAGGAUCGGAAGAGUGUGAGACGCACCGGGACACGGAGGGAUCUCCCUGACACCGGGAAGAGGUUCACAGACUGGCUUUGUGUGCUGGGAUCCGAGGGAUUCACAUCAGGGAGACAUUACUGGGAGGUGGAGGUGAUGGGGAAUCGGGGCUGGGGUCUGGGAGUCGCCGCAGUGUCGGUGAAGAGGAAGGGAGGGGUCACACCGAGUCCGAAAACCGGAUUCUGGACCAUCGGGAGGCUUGAUGACGAGAUGUGGGUUCUCACCUCCCCUGAAUCCUGUCUCCCUGCCGGUCCCAUCCCCGGGAGGGUGGGAGUUUAUCUCAUUUACGAGUCCGGAACAGUUUCAUUUUACAACGCGGAGACCAAGUCCCAUCUCCACACCUUCACUGGGAAUAAAUUCACGGAGAAACUUUAUCCUUCCUUCGGGCCUUGGGAUAAAAACGAGUGGCUGAGAAUCUGCUCCGGUUCCUCCGGGUCUGUAAACGGGUCGGGUCCCGGGACCGGUGUACCGCAGGGUUCAGCAGCUCCCGAAAGUGAAAGGACCCUGAACCCGGAAGUACCGGGAGUUAACAUGGCUUCGGAAGGACAGGUCGAGAGUUUAACCGAGGAGGUAAUUUGUCCCAUCUGCCUGGAUUUCUUCACCGAUCCGGUGUCACUGGAGUGUGGACACAACUUCUGCCGCACCUGUAUCACACGGUGUUGGGAAAGGGAGGAGAGAAACUCCUGCCCGGAAUGUAGAGAGGAGUUUGCAGACCGCACCCUCAGGGUCAGUCGGGUGUUAGCAAGACUGGCUGAAAAAGCUCGAAAACUGCACCUGAAGCCGAAAGGGAAGGAAAGUAAACGUUUCUGCGAGGAACAUGAGGAAGAACUGAAGCUGUUUUGUGAGACGGACAAGACACUGAUCUGCCUGAUCUGUGCGACUGCGCGGGAACACAAGUCUCACAACUUCAUGCCGGUUAAAGAAGCCGUUAACAUUUACCAGGAUCGGGUUAAAUCUUCCUUGGACUCUCUCACAAAAAGACAAGCAGACUUCCAGGAAAUGGAGCAGGAACAGAAAGAGAAGAUUUCUGGAGUUCGGGAACAGUCACAAAGUGUUCAGUCCCAGAUCACAUCCCAGUUUGAUGAACUGCGCCGGAUUAUCACCGAGAAAGAGCAGCGUGCACUCCGAGAUAUCAGGGAAGAAGAGGAGAGGAUUCUAAAUCCAAUGGAGAAAAAUCUUCAAAAGAUUCAAAAGAAUUUAAAUGCCAUCUACAAGGAAAUCUCAAAGUUACAGGAACAGAAGGAUCAACAAGACAAUAUCAUAUUCCUCAUGGAGGAAGCUCGUCGGAAGAGGAGGAUUAGUGAUGAUCCCCAGACAUUGUCAGUGACAGAUGGUGCCCUAUUGGUUGAAAAAUUCGAUCACCCCUAUUUGCUCGACAUAGCAUCGGAAGAAGUGAUUGGCGGCAUUAAACACGUCUCUGUCAUCCUGGAUGUGGAAACGGCGCAUCCGGUGCUCGAGGUGUCUGAGGAUCGGAAGAGUGUGAGAUACACCGAUACCCGGAGGAAUCUCCCUGACACCGGGAAGAGGUUCACAGACUGGGCUUGUGUGCUGGGAUCGGAGGGAUUCACAUCGGGGGGACAUUACUGGGAGGUGGAGGUGACGGGGAAUCGGCGCUGGAAUCUGGGAGUCGCCGCAGAGUCUGUGGAGAGGAAGGGAGGGGUCACACUGAGUCCGGAGACCGGAUUCUGGAUCAUCGGGCGGGUUGAUGACGUGUUACAUCGGGAUUGUGACGUGUUCGGUCUCACCUCCCCUGUGCCCCGUCUCCCUGCCGGUCCCAUCCCCGGGAGGGUGGGAGUUUAUCUCAGUUACGAGUCCGGGACAGUUUCAUUUUACAAUGCGGAGACCAAAUCCCAUCUCCACACCUUCACCGGGAAUAAAUUCACGGAGAAACUUUAUCCUUACUUCGAGACUGGAUAUGAAAACCAGUGGCUGAGAAUCUGCUCCGGUUCCGCUCCGGGUCUGUAAACGGGUCGGGUCCCGGGACCGGUGUCAGGAGUCAGUCAGUGUAAAUAUAAAUGUGCGGAGAGUGAAAUAAACAUGAUGUGAGAAUUAUCGAUCCAUUAAUUUUAACUCGUUCACCGCGUCCGUCAACGGAACAGAAACACUGCGGAUUCAGCAGCAGCCGCGGACGGCGGGUCCUGAGCUCCCCGGCUCCUCCGGGUGCUAAAGUCCACCGGGACUGACAGGGUAACUGGGGCAAGUGGGG